AUGAAGGUUUCAUUAUCAACACCAUUCACUGGCAUACCAUUAUGGGUUUUGAUUGUGGCAGUUUCAAUAUCAGCAUUCAUUGUUGUGACAUGCAUCAUUUUGUGCUUUUGCUUCGUAUAUUAUCCUCGUAAAAAACCAUACAAACCUCGUUUUUCUUUACCUAAAUCAAUAGCAUGCAAGCACCACAAUGAUGAUUUUAGCUCUUCCUCUCUUGACAAGAGGUUACUAUCAGCAUCAGGGAAUGUCUCAGAACAUAGUAUGAACUUUCAGAAGUUGUCAUCGGGUUAUUACAAUCAUGAGUUGUUCAUACCUGGUCAGUUUUAUCCAAUGGGAUAUGACAGUUCAAAUGAUAGGUAUUUGGAAGGUUUGGGAUCAAAAGGUAAGUUAUGUUGCACAGUCAAUGAUAAAAGUAAAGGGUGGAACUUUAGCCUUAAGGAGAUAGAGGAUGCUACCAAUGGAUUUUCUAAAGAAAAUGAGCUUGGAAGUGGAGAUAAUGGGAUUGUAUAUCUUGGUUUGUUACCAAGUAAUAGACAAGUGCUAGUGAAGAGGCUAGUAUGUAAAAGUCACCAACCUGAGGAAAUUUUUGCAUCCCAAAUGGAAGCAAUUGGACUUGCAAGGCACAAUAACCUGGUCAAAUUACUUGGAUAUUGUGCAGAGGAUGCUUACAGGAUGUCAGUUUCUGAAUAUGUAGAACAUGAAAGUCUGCACCACUGGCUUCAUGAAUUUCCUGCACAAAUCAGCCCUCUAACAUGGGAUAUAAGAAAGAACAUAAUUCACGGUGUGGCAAAAGGACUGGCAUACCUUCAUGAUGAAGUUAAACCAAAGAUUCUCCAUGGCAGCUUAAAAACUAGUAAUAUUUUGCUGGACCACAAAUGGAAUCCAAAAAUAUCUGAUUUUGGCCUUGUUGAGGUUCUCAGUUCCAAAAGGAGUCACAUUAUACUUGAAGUGGAAGCAUUGGGCUCCAGUUAUGAAGCUCCAGAUUGUCAUGCAAGUAGUAACUUAACUGAGGGUAAUGAUAUUUAUGAUUUUGGAUUACUUAUUAUGGAGAUUGUAUCAGGAAAAUUCCCUUCAUAUCACGGCCAUACACAGACUAAUAUAGUGGACUGGUUCAAAUCAAUGAUUUCCAAUGGGAAGAUGGAGAAUGCAAUUGAUUCAAAAUUGCUUAAAAUGCCUUCUUCCAAGGCACUUAAACAGGUUGCUUUGGUUGCUCUAAGAUGUGUAGAUCCUGAUGUGAAUCCUAGACUCAAGAUGAGAGAUGUGGUUUGCAUGCUUGAAACCAACAUUCUUCUAUUUGAGGAACGUCAAAUUGCCAUGAAGACUUUAGAAGCCAAUCACUGUACAGAAAAUCAGAAAAAAAUAGGUGAUACCAAGAUGUAA